GCAGUGUUUGACGCGUCUUUGCAACGAUAGGAUGUCUUUCAGUAUAUACUUGAAAAAUAAUAUAAAAUUUAUUUAUCAAUAAUUAUUUUGAAUCAUUCAUAAUACACAUCAUUGAUAAUACACAUAUUAAACGAUUGGAAAAAUGUUGAAGAAUAUAAGAUUAUAUUUAUUGGUAAUAAUUGGAUUAACCUGGUCUACAAAUGCAUCAACAAAAAAUGAUAAAAAUUUUCAAACAGUACAGACAAGUAAUGAAGCAAUAUUCAAUCGUCUUGGUUUAUCACCACUUGAGAUAUCAGAUGGACAUUAUAAAAAACGUCUAGCUGGUCCAGAACCAUCAACAUCACUUGUAAAUUUACAAACACGUAUUAAUCAACCAUACAAUCGUCGUCAUGGUGAUCAUGAUAGUCAUGUUUAUAUUGUUAAAUUACCACCAAGUCAACCAUAUUAUACAAUAACAAAACCUCAUAAAAAAUUAAUAAAUGAUAAUGAAAAUGCUAAUAUUCAUAAUGAAAAAUUAUCAUCAAUAAUAAUUAAUCAUGAAAUACCAACAAUUGGUUUUAAUAGUAAUGGUAAAACAGCAAAAAUUUAUCAUUGGAAUUUACCAUUAAUGAAAGAAAUUAAUAAAAAAAAACGUCAUAAUGAAUUAUUUAAAAUUCAACAAAUGAAAAAAAAAUUAACAUCUGAUAAAAAACAAUUAACUCAAUUAUCAUUGAAUAAUGUUAAUGUUUUUGAUGAUAAAUUACCACCUUUAAAAAAACAUGCUAGAAAUAAUGAUAAGCGUCUUAAUUAUCCAUCAAAAAAUAAUAUUAAAAUUAAUAAUGAUUUAUUUGACAAUAAUUAUAGCAAAAAUAAUAAUGAUACACAAAAAAAAAUGUUACGACUUGAUGAUUCAACAUUUUAUAAUAUAAAAUCAAAUAACAAUAAUAAUAUUGAAAAUUUUUUAAAUGAUUUUAAUUCAAUGAAAAAUAUUGAAUCAUUUGAAACGAAAAAACACCGGAAGAAGGCUGCAAUGUCCUACUAUGCACCUAACAUUCACAAGACCGGUUCAACAAGCAUCUACAAGAACUUCCCAGGAAACGGCAAACCAAAGGCAUUUUAUGUUAUGGAAAAAAGCCGCAAACCCGUUUAUUAUCAUCCCCUUUUGCCCUAAUUGAGAUGACAGUGAA